AUGGUUAUAAUUGCAGAAGGAACUUCUAAAGGUUUGCAAUGGGCUGAUUUCUUCAAGCAGAUAUCUUACCACGAGCCAUUCCUACCGGGUCAUGUAGUUUUAAUGCUGUUAUUCGACACCGUGCUGUAUAUGGCAAUCGCUGCGUAUGUUGAAAAGAUAAAGCCUGGAAUUUACGGUGUUCCUUUACCAUGGUACUUUCCAUUUACUAAAAGUUUCUGGUCACCGGUAAAAAUGGUUGACGUAAAUGAAAAAAAAUGUGUAGUCGACACCGAUUCAGAAUACAAUGAUGCGCUUUUAAAAGUGGUACAUGACGAGGAACCGAAGGGUGUGCCUAUAGGUGUCAACAUGCAAAACCUUACGAAAAUAUACAAAGGUCGCAAAAGGGCAGUGGACAACCUAAACCUACGUAUGUAUGAAAACGAGAUUACCGUAUUACUGGGACACAACGGAGCUGGAAAAACGACAACAAUAUCAAUGCUAACAGGCAUGGUACCUCCGACGUCAGGCUCGGCGACCAUAAACGGGUACAACAUAGUGAGUGAGACGGAGCUGGCGCGACGCUCGGUGGGCAUCUGUCCGCAACACAACGUGCUGUUUCCGGACCUCACCGUGGCCGAGCACAUCGUGUUCUACGCGAAGCUCAAGGGCGUGCCGCAGAACAAGAUCCGCGCUGAAGUGGAUCACUUCAUAAAGGUGCUAGAGUUAGAGGAGAAGCGAGACGCGUUGUCGUCGACGCUGUCGGGCGGGCAGAAGCGGCGGCUGUCGGUGGGCUGCGCCAUGUGCGGCGCGUCGCGCGUGGUGUUGCUGGACGAGCCCACCUCGGGGCUCGACCCCGCCGCGCGCCGCGCGCUCUGGGACCUGCUGCAGAAGGAGAAGAGAGGACGCACCAUGAUCCUCACCACGCACUUCAUGGACGAGGCGGACGUGCUGGCGGACCGCAUCGCCAUCAUGGCGGGCGGCCGGCUGCAGUGCGUCGGCACGCCCUACUUCCUCAAGCGGCACUACGGGGUCGGCUACAAGCUCACCGUUGUCAAGGACGACGGCUGCCCAGUCGAUGAUGUCACCAGGUUUUUCAAGUCUCACGUACCCAAAGUUAAGAAAAAUUCCAACAUAGGAUCUGAACUGACUUAUAUUUUUCCAUUUGAAAAUGUUAACCAAUUUCCGGAAAUGCUUCAACAAUUUGAGGAAAAAAGAAAUGUUUUCCGUAUUUCUAGCUACGGUCUGUCUAUAACCAGUCUUGAGGAAGUGUUUAUGAAAGCCGGAGCAGAAGAUAAUUCGGAUAUCGUAGAACUUCUUAAUGGAGAGAAACACGAUGUUGUUGUUCCUCAGAAUGGAAAUAUACACACAUUCGAUAUCGAUGACACAAUCGCUGUUAAAGAAAAGAAAGUUCGCGGUUUCAAAUUGCUAAGGAAUCAUAUAAAGGCUACAUUUAUUAAACUCGCAUACAACACGAUCAGAAACAAAGGCCUAGCUUUUACGCAACUGUUAUGGCCCGUUAUAAACAUAGGACUCUCUAUGAUAGUAUCGGCAUCGUGGAAAUUUUUGGCCGAUCUACCGCCUUUAGAACUUAGCUUGGAGAGGGGAUACCAGAAAACGCAAACAAUAAUAUCCCAAGCACAUAAUCUCACCGACGGCAGCCUCGCAGCAAGGGCACUGAUCGCUUACAAAGAUUACUUCAAAACGUCGACGAUACCGAGCAUGACUCUCACGGAUGUAGGAGCGAUGGAUAUUGAAAAAUUCUAUUUGAAAUUGAGCGAAACGGAGCCAUCUCGGGUGCGUUACGAGGCGCUGGUGGGCGCGACGUUCGGCCGCGACAACGUCACCGCGUGGUUCAGCAACUACGGCUACCACGACUGCGCCACUGCGCUUGCGCUCGUCGAUAACGCAAUAAUGGCCGCUCUGUCACCUGGCACCACUUUAAGAAUCGUGAAUUAUCCACUACCUUACUCUGUUGAGAACAUGAUCCAGAUUAUGGCAACUGGUGCAAGUUUGGGUUUUAUGUUGUCGUUCAGCCUCGGAUUUUGUGUAGGCAUCUUGAGCGCGUUCCUCAUACUUUUUGUCAUCAAGGAACGCACGAGUGGUGCGAAGCUUCUACAGCGUGUGUCGGGGCUGCGGCCCGCCGUGCUGUGGGGCGCGGCGCUCGCCUGGGACUGGCUCUGGAUGUUGAUAUUACACCUCUGUGUCAUCGCCACCAUUGCAUGCUUCCAGGAAACAUCUCUCUCCACCUUUCAUGAACUCGGUCGCGUUUUUUUGGUGCUUUUAGUGUUUUCCUUCGCAAUAAUACCCAUACAUUAUCUGGUUUCAUUCUUUUUCGACGAAGCGUCCACCGGCUUUAGCAAAAUGGUUUUUGUGAAUAUUUUUACGGGAUCAAUGCCGUUUCUGUUAACCGAAAUAUUAAGGAUGCCAGAGCUUGGCAGCGAAUCAAUUGCUGUUAUAUUUGAUAACAUCUUCUCUGUUUUACCUUUAUACAGCCUAAGCAGAAGCAUAAGAGAAAUGAUCGUAUCAUCUAUCAAGAUGAACGCGUGUGACAGUUUGUGCAGUCAGCUGGACUUGGAGAACUGCACGCAGCUCACGGUGUGCCACAAACUAAACCUCGAUAUAUGUUGUAUUGAUGACAACCCGUUUUUGACAUGGGAGGAGCCUGGAGUCGCGCGGUACCUGGUCACGAUGGUGAUAGUCGGUGUCGUAGCAUUUUCCAUCCUACUGAUAAAGGAAUACGAGCUAUUGAACAAGCUGAUGUGGAUGGCUCCUCGCCGGUCGGAGCUGCCGGCCGCCGUGGACGAUGAGGACGAUGACGUCGCCGCGGAGAGACGAGUGGCGAGCGAGCUCACUGCAGCGGAGAUAGCGACCCACAGCCUCGUGUGCAGGGACCUCACCAAGUACUACACGCAGUUCCUGGCAGUGAACCGGCUCACGUUCGCGGUGCGCAAGGGCGAGUGCUUCGGGCUGCUGGGCGUGAACGGCGCCGGCAAGACGAGCACGUUCCGCAUGCUCACCGGCGACGCGCGCAUCUCCGCCGGCGACGCGUUCGUGCACGGAUACUCUCUGCGCGGACACGUACGCGACGUGCACCGGCUCAUCGGUGAGUGCACUGCACUGCACUGCACCCACAGUGUACACUGUACGACACUGACUGAUCACGCGCCCACUGCCGCAGGGUACUGCCCGCAGUUCGACGCGCUGUUCGACAACCUGACCGGCCGCGAGACGCUGCGCAUCUUCUGCCUGCUGCGAGGCAUCCCCGCCGCGGUGGGGGCCGCCAGGGCGCUGCACCUCGCCACCACGCUGGGCUUCAUCAAGCACUACGACAAGAAGGUGCACGAGUGCAGCGGCGGAACCAAGCGCAAGAUCAGCACGGCCGUCGCGCUGCUCGGCGACUCGCCGCUGAUAUUCCUGGACGAGCCGACGACGGGCAUGGACCCUGCGUCCAAGCGGCUUGUGUGGGCGUGCGUGAACGAGGCGGCGGUGGCGGGCCGCAGCGUGGUGCUGACGUCACACAGCAUGGAGGAGUGCGAGGCGCUGUGCUCGCGGCUCACCAUCAUGGUCAACGGCCGGCUCUACUGCCUCGGCCCGCUGCAGCAUCUCAAGACCAAGUUCUCACAGGGGUAUACAUUGAUAGUAAAGUGCUCGUCGGGGCCGCAAAGGAAUAAAAAUAUUAUCAACAUAGACAAAUACAUCACCGAAAACUUCACUGAUGCUAAGCUUAUUGAAACGUAUCUGGAUAUCAGCACGUACUCGCUGGCCAGCAAGGGGCUGCCGUGGUGGCGUGUAUUCUCUAUAAUGGAAAGGGCGAGGACUGAAUAUCCCAUCGAAGACUACUCCGUCUCACAAACUACAUUGGAACAAGUAUUCCUCAGGUUUACUAAUUCGCAAAUAGAAAGCAAAGUAUCUGAACAACAUUGUUAACACAUUAUGAUUGGGCAUUAUUAUUACAAAGUGAUUCUGUAAGUUGUGUCAUGAUGUGAACGUGAGAUGAAUUGAUAUAUUUGUUAUUACGCUCGGAGUGAUAGGUGGGUAUGCAGUUUAUUCAAUAUAGUAUUUCCUUAUAGACAAAUCGGCAUGUGCAGAAAUGUAUUAUAGAAUUAGCCUCAAUAACAUUGAUGAGUAAUCAUAACGGUUGAAAGAAUCGUAUCUAAGCGACAAUCGGUAAACGUCAAUUUAAAGUUUUGAUUUUAAUAAAUAAUUCAUAACAACUAGACUAUUAAUUUAUAAAAAUAAAUAAGAAUAAUAUAAAAAAUGUCCUAAAGAUAAAUAAAAAUCCUAGAUUAAACGACCCAGAAAAUAUAUGUCGCUUAGAUAUUAUUGCCUUUUAAGCGUUGAUAUAUAGACGUUCAGUAUUACAUGUUUAGAGAGUACACUAAAUUUAUUUAUAUUUUCAUGUCAUGGUUUUAGUUCCUACACAUCGCUUCUUUAGAGAAUAACUUUAGCGUACGUUUUUUUACUUAUAGGGGUAAUGCUUUAUAACAUGAUAUUAAAAACACCUCACAGACAUUUAACACGUGGAUAAUAUGCAAAUAUAAUACUCGAUACAAAUAUUCAAAAUAUAGCAAACGCUUUAAUGAACAAUCUCAAAAAUACAUUUCUUUACAAAUAUUAAUUAUGUGCAUUUAUAUCUAGUAGGUAUUACACACAAUUAUAUUAUUUACUUAAAAAACUAAUUAUAAUUAUGUAAUUAGUUUGAAAAAUAUCCAAAUGCAUCUAAUAUAAAAAACUAUACCCACACCCGCAAUUUGACUAGACCUGUAGUAAGUCAAGAGUGUCGUAAAAGUGCAGGUAUUCCAUAUCACCGGUUUAAAAAAAUAAAUUAUCCCAAUCUCAAUCUUUAAUUCGAGUCCGAGAACGAACCUAUCGGAAAAAGUUAUUUGUAAGCAUGUGAUUUUUUUCUAUUUGAUCCAUUAACGCGACGGUAAAAAAAACGAUAAGGAUAAUUUCUGAAAAUGGCGGUUAGCCUGCUAAAUCAGGUAAGAAAAGUUUAUUUUAAGUUAAGAAUACACAUUUGUAAGUUACAUAAGUUACUUAAGUACGUAAGUUGUACGCAAAUGGUAAAAAAAUCGCUAAAAAUAAAAAUGUUUUACUGUAACCAGCCCAUAAAGCUGUUUGUACAUUCGUUAAUGUUUUGUGCAAGUAGCUUUUGUAAUUUACUUAUUUAUUUCAAACUUAUAAAUGUAACACCCGCCUUCCGAUGACUAAUUUCAGGUAGGCCAAGUUAGUGUUCGUGUUGUUAAAGCAAUCCUUAUUAAAAUUUUGCUCAGUUACUAUGACCACAAAUUACUAUAUUAUAUUUAAUAACAGCACAUAUUGUAUUCGUACUUAAAUGUAUCGUACUUAUAGGUAUUGUUGUCUGUACUUAUUUUAUCUACUUAAAAUUACUCACGGUCUCUAAGUAAAUUUAAAGUAUAUGGAUAAGGAAUGGAAUGAAUACGCAGAAAAGAUAUAAAAAAUAUUGCUACUUAAAUGAAUUAUUUAUUUUGAAAAUUUAAAAUUAUGUUAUACUGAAAUGUAAAUACAUUUCCUAACGCUUUUAACAUAAUCUGAUGAAAAAUCGCAAUCAAUGAAAUGGAAUUCCGGAUCUGAAUCCAGACUUGCUUGCAGACGCUAGCUAAUGACAUUCUUCCAGAUCAAUCUUAAUAAAUUAACCCCCUUAUUCAUAGACGUUUUUUUUAUCUAAGGACGGAGUAAAGCUGUGAUAACAAGUCUGUUUCUCAGUGCUGACGGCAUGGCAGCCUUCACAUGCCAUGCCCUCAGCAACAGGUUUUUGGAUUCAGAAAAGGGAAAACACGUCUUCAAAAUCCCGACGUUACGGUGUAUAAAAGAGGCUAUCCAGAGGAUAAUGCGGAAUGUAAGGUGUAUAAAGUACAUAGCGUAAUAGUGACGUAAUUUAUGUCACAAAAUUCUAUGAAUUACCAAUAUUUCUACAUUUAAGGAUUAUUUUAAAGGUAUGUAUUUUUAAAUUGAUAUUUAGGUACACAUAUUAUUUACAGAUACGUAAUAUAUUUGUUGAUGUUGUGUAUUGUUGGAUGUUGAUAGUUUAUUUCUAUUUUAUCUAUCGACAGAUAUAAUGUGUCGCAAGGAAUUUUAAAUAAUAGCAGCUUGGUUUAAUACUACAAGUGCCUUUGGAAGUAUUGUUCAGAAAAAUAAACUUAUUUAUCAUUGUAUUCAAUUCUACAUUUUUAAGAAGGCUAAGAAUGUUGUAAUUAUAUAACAUAUAAAAAUUGUAUGUACCUAUUUUGCCUUCAGCGCAAAAACCAUUCUUGUUUAUUGAUUAUUUGGUUUGCGGUAGGCGUGAUAUUAAUGAAAACCAAAAAUAUUUUUUUUGUAAUUAAGAUUUACAACAUUUAUGCUGUUUAAGGUCUCUGUUGGAAAA